AUGCUGCAUCUUUCCGUCUCCAGCAGCAUCAUUCGUCUGCUUCUGCGUGUCUACUUUACCGUCAUUGUCGUCGCCAUCGCGCUUCUUGGAGAUGUGUGCUGCAAUCUCUGGGUGCGCAGACAGCUGCUGCGACGGCGGCCGGUGAAAUUGACGCACAUGACGGGAUGGCAGCGAGGGUUCAUGCCGUACUGGCUGAUACUCAAGCUCAGGGCCAUGCCCGGCGGCAUCAUCCUGGGGUCGUUGAUGAUCAUGACUUCGAUCCUGGCCGUCUUCAGCGACCUGGCCGUGUCGGCGCUGGUCUUGGACCAGCACAUCCCCGGCACCUGCAUGUUCCGCGGGGGCAUGGUCGUCGCCUCGGACCACCCGUCCGCGUCCGACGCGGCCAACACCAUCAGCAUCUUCCCCGACAUCAACGGCGAAGCGUUCGGCUGGGCGAUGAGUGCGCAGUACUACAGUGUCUUGAACGGCGGGCCCAACGGCAUCUACCGGCGCGUCGACGACAAUUUGGACUUCCGGGCGCGCGACCCGGAGGACAUGCUCGGAUCGUGGGUCUGCGAGUACGAGACGGGCGACGCGCUGACGCCGCUGAUGGUGGCGUGGGACACGGCCUACAUCGACGUAGUCAACGGCUCCGUCGCGGCGGGCAAGCUGUAUCCCUACACGCAACUCGACCAGAUCCGCGUCUUCACCGACGCCCUGGCCAACGACCCGGACCCGACCGACUACUCGCAGCUCUUCGCUUUGACGGCGUCAACGGCCGGAUACCACACGGCAGAGGAGAGACCCGGCGACGCCUGGGACGUCCGGGCCCUGAUCGACUGGAACCGCACGGGUACGGCGGAGCGCAGCUUCGACGUGCUGCACUGCACCGUGGGCGGCGCCGACAAGGCCUUCGUCGACGAGGUGCUGGCCCACGUCGACGCGGCGCAGGCGCUGGCGUCGUGGGCGGCGGCGGUGCAGGGCUCCAUGUACCGCGGCGUGGGCGGCGCGGCCUACAACGACACGGCGACGCGGCUGGUCAAGUACCUCAACGCCAUGGUCAUGGUCGCCGCGUCCGAGCAGCGCGUCGACCGCUUGCCGAACCCCUUGGACCGCGUCGGCUGCAUGGUCGAGGCGACAGAGGUGCCGGCCCUCAUCUCGGCCCUGGUGCUGCUGACGGCCGCCGUCUUCGCCUGGCUCUGCGCCUACAACGCCUUCCUGCUCGUCGCCUGCUGCGUCUACAAGUCGAGCUACCGCAAGGAUGCCCGCAAGAAGGUGUGGGAUCAGACGCCCGGCUCGCUGACUGAGUGGAUGGCCUACGCGCUGCGCGAGUCGAGGGUCCCGGCCGCCCACGACGCCAUGCCGAAGCACUUGAAGGGCUGGAAUUUUGUCGCCGAGUUGAGCGGCGCUGCUUGGGUCCGUUUCUCGAAGAGAGACGCAGCGGAAUCUCCGGUCUCGGUUCAGUAUGAGUACGUCCAGCCGCCAAAGGUCGCCAUGUAG